AUGGUUCAGAAGGUGAAUCGUCUUCAGCCAGCGAUAGCGACGGCGGUUCAGAAGAUUCCGACUCGUAAGUACCCAGAUCUUCGAUUCUCAAAAUCGAAGAAGGAUUUCAAUACUGCUAUUCUCGAGAGGAAGAAGUCUCCGAAUCGACUUGUUGUAGACGAAGCCACUAACGAUGAUAACUCUGUCGUCUGUCUCCAUCNAUCCACCAUGGAAAAGNUNCAGAUUUGUCGUGGUGAUACGAUUCUCAUCAAGGGUAAGAAAAUAAAGGAUACUGUCUGCAUUGCAUUGCCCUUGCUUUUGUAG